GCCAGCUCGGGUUAGGCCUUCCAAGGCCCAGCCUAUCCUGUGGAGCCGUGGAGGGAUUUUCCGUCCACAGACCGGAACCGAGAGCAUAGAGCACAGACUGACAGACAGAAAAGAAGAAGACGAGAACGGAAGGUAUGCAACCAUGGUGUUGCAGUGCACUCCCUUCAUCAUCCCCCUCCAUUUCCAGAUUCAUCUCAGAUCACCCGUCUCUCUCUAUGCUAGAGAAGAGGUGCACCAACAUGUCAGACCUCCAAAAGCUCCAUGCCCACAUCAUCAAGACCGGUCUGGCCAAAGACACCAUUGCCGCUAGCAGGGUGCUAGCCUUCUCCGCCACCUCCCCGGCCGGUGAUAUCAACUACGCCUACUCGGUCUUCUCUCAAAUUCAAAACCCAAAUCUAUUCACAUGGAACACCAUCAUUAGAGGCUUCUCCCAGAGCUCCACUCCUCUUCGUGCCAUCUCUCUCUUCACUGACAUGUUGCAGUCUUCACCUAUUGAACCCCAGAGACUCACUUACCCUUCUCUCUUCAAGGCCUAUGCCCAACUGGGUCUAGCCCAUGAUGGAACUCAGCUCCAUGGGAGGAUUAUAAAACUUGGGCUCGAAUCUGAUCCCUUCAUUCGUAACACAAUCAUCUUCAUGUAUGCAACGUGCGGUUUCUUAAUCGAAGCUUGUCGCCUGUUCGAUGUUUCUAACUCGGACGUUGUUGCAUGGAAUUCCAUGAUCACGGGUCUAGCUAAAUUUGGGGAAAUUGAUCAGUCUAGAAGGUUGUUCGAUAAAAUGCCGAAGAGAAGUACAAUAUCCUGGAAUUCCAUGAUUAGCGGGUAUGUAAGGAACGGGAAUUUCAAGGAAGCUAUGGAUCUGUUUGAUGAAAUGCAGAAGGAAGGUAUCAAGCCGAGUGGGUUUACAAUUGUAAGCUUGUUAAACGCUUGCUCUGGCUUAGGAGCUCUCGAGCAAGGGGAGUGGCUUCAUACUUAUAUAGAGAAGAAUGAGAUUGAAACAAAUAGUAUAGUUUCAACUGCUAUUAUUGACAUGUAUUGUAAGUGUGGGUGCGUCGACAAGGCUCUUCAGGUGUUUGAGACCAUCUCUGAAAAAGGGCUUUCAUGUUGGAACUCCAUGAUAUUAGGCCUAGCAAUCAACGGUUGUGGGAAGGAAGCAAUUCAAUUUUUUUCAAGGCUUCAAUCUUCUGGUUUGAGACCUGAUGAUGUCAGCUUUAUUGGCGUGCUAACCGCUUGCAGUCAUUCAGGCAUGGUAAAUGAAGCAAGGAAGUAUUUCUCAGCAAUGAAAGAAACAUAUAAUAUUGAACCCACAGUCAAGCAUUACAGUUGUAUGGUUGACGCCUUAGGCCGAGCUGGACUUCUUGAAGAGGCAGAAGAGUUUAUAAUUAAUAUGCCAGAAAACCCAGAUGCUAUUAUAUGGAGCUCCUUACUUUCAGCUUGUAGGAAACAUGGAAACAGUGAAAUGGGAAAACGGGCAGCAAGGCAGAUGAUUGAGUUGGACCCGAGUGAAACUUGCAGCUAUAUACUUUUGUCAAAUGUUUAUGCAGCGGCAGGUCAAUUUGAGAAUGCAAUGGAUGCAAGGUUGUCCAUGAAGGAGAAGCAAAUUAAAAAGGAGCCCGGAUGCAGUUUGGUUGAAGUGAAUGGUGUGGUUCAUGAGUUUGUAGUUGGUGGGAGACUGCAUCCUCAAGCCAGAGAGAUCCAUGCCGUGUUGGAUGAGCUUAGUGUGAUGUCUAAGGAGAUAGAACAUGUCCAGCAUGGUACAAUUGAUGGAAUUAGUUCAUGAACGAAGUUUCAGAACAAUGUAAUAUAAAAGAAACACAUAUUCGAAAAAAAAAAUCUCU